GUUCCGAUUCUUUUUUCCACCUCGUUUUUUUGCAAAGUCAAAUACAAAAACGCGUGGCCCCUGGCAACAGAACAGCCCGUUGAUCCUGUUUUCCACUCCAGUCAGACUGGAAUCCGAAUAACGACCUACCGGGGCGCCAACGAUUUACUUCUGUUAAUUUAACUACAGCCUGCCGACCAAAAUAAUUAAACAACACGUCGAUUCGUUAGUCGCGUCAAAAUCAUCAUUAACUCAUUUUUGGACAUCAAGCGCAUCGAGCCGGCGAACAAUAGAUAACAAGACACACAAUCGCAAAUCGCGCGCGCAAAAGCCACCGGCUAAAAUAUCCGCCCAACAUGGCUGAGUACUCAUCAAUGAAAGUUCCCGAGCUCAAGAAGAUGCUCGGCGAACGCGGCCUCCCGCAGUCUGGCAACAAACCGGACCUGAUUGCGCGCCUCAAGGAGGACGACGAGAAGAAGGAGCCUGCCGGCGCAAAGACGACAGACAGCAAGCCCGCCGCCGAGACCGAGGACGUCAUCAACUGGGACGACGAGGACGACACGGCCGCAGCAAAGCCACAACCCGCUGCUGCACCAGCGGCUGCGGAGCCGGCCAAGACUGCCGAGCCCGCCGCGAAACCGUCAGAGCCUGCACCCGCUGCGGACAAGUCAGCAGAUGCGCCCGCGUCAUCCACAAAGGAGGAAGCUUCCGCUGCCGCACCCGCAGAUGCUACCCCCGCCGCCAGUGCAGGAGACGAGGCCAAGGCGCCCGCAGAACCCACAGAGCCCGCCAAGCCGGCCCUGAGCCAAAACCUCCCAUCGACGUCGGUCGACGCCGAGGCAGCCAAGCGGGCGGCGCGUGCAAAGAGGUUCGGCAUUGAGGCGCCGACAGAGGACGAAGAGGCGCGCAGGAAGGCUGAGCGCGCAAAGAAGUUUGGUGUCGAGGACGCUACAAAGGCGCUCGACGCCAGCCGGUUGGACUCGGCGCUGCCGGACCGCCCGCUGAAGCGCGGGCGCGACAAGGGCGAACAGCAGCAGGAGGGUGGUGAGGGUAAGGGGAACGGCGCCAAGCGCCAGCAACAGCAGCAGGGCGGCGGCGACGGGCGAAGGAACAACAACAGGGACGGUGGCCGGCGCGACAGGAGGAGGGGACGCCCCAACGGCGGCGGCGGCGGUGGUGGUGGUGGCGCGAGGAACGGUGGCGGCGGCGGUGGUGGUUCCGGUAUUCUCAACGACCCGGAGCAGAAGCGCAAGGCCGAGGCGAGGGCCGCGAGGUUCGCUUCAUCAUGAUUGCCUAGGUCGUGCUUUGGUUUUAUAAGUGGCCAACCGUUGAAUCGGCUGUUUAACCAGCCAUCUCGACUUUUCUAUCACCACGGCUCGAUGAUCGUCAUUUAAUGUUGGCGAUGAUCAUCGAGCAUUCCCAUCGAGCAUUCCCCCCAUUUUUCCUCGUUUUCUUUUUCUUUCACGACUGUACAACAAUAAGAUGAUUUUUUUUGUUCCCUCUAGCGAAAGGUGAUAGGAACUUGUUAUAAAAAGAAUGGAUAGUCGGCGCAAAAAGAAUGAGUGGUUUGUUUUUGCGUGUGUUAUUCUGCGACAGUUUAUGAACGACAAAAGUAACAAAUCUCGACGCUCGUAAGCUAUUUAACCUACCAUAGUGCAGUAUUAUUGCAAGCAGC